AUGGGCGGCCCUGAUCCCCACAAGAAAGCCCGCAUCCAAUUCAAGAACCUAUCCAAUACGUUAAAGUCCAAGGCUCAUAAGCUUUCGGAAAAAUGCGGCGCAAGGGUAUAUCUAUUUAUCGAGCAUGAGAGAGAGUGCUUUGUCUAUAAGUCUCUAGAUGACUUGCUUUGGCCACCCCCUGAUGGGUUACUUGAGAAAUACUACAACGGACUAGAUAGAAAAGGCUUCAAAGAUAUGCAAACUUCUGCGAGUCAGGAUGAGCCGGAUCAUGUCUCUCAAGAGUGGCUUUCUGCAAGACGGGAGCAUCUAUGUGGUCUGGAAAAACUAUAUAGACUACAUUGGAAUACAAAGGUACAACAGGAUGCGAAGGAAGAAACCAAUGUCCUUGAACAGAACUCUUGA